UAUGAGGGGCUGGGCUUGGGGCUUACUUCUAUGUGCAGCUCAGGAGUGGGAGAAGGGGGGCUUUGCUAUUACAUAUUGAUUUGACGGAUGGACGGUUUGGGUGGCUUGACUGUAUCUGGGAUUUUUUCUUUCUUCGUUUAUACCCACCUCCUCUACAGUGAGGGAAUUUCUUAUGUCAUUUGUACUUGUUCCAUUUUUUUUUAUGUUGGCUCGAAUCCUUUAACUCCUCCCUUUUGGAUGUGGUGCUCCCCAUCUUCUGCAUCCUCUCUAGUGGCGGUGUUAGUCUUGAGAUUGAUGAACUGGAGUUCUUUUUGGUGUUGGAUUUGGGGGAUAUUAAAGGGUGGUGGGAGCUAUCUAUUUGUUUUUUUUUCCUCGGAGAGGACGAUCCUCGCAGCAGCUUGCGGAUUUCUGCACUUUUCGGUUCCCUUUUUUUUCUUCUUAUGUUGGGUUUCGGCAGGCAGGCGGACAGGCGGGUUAGGUUGACAGGGAAACAAAAAAUUCCUUUGUUCACUUCCAUUUUUUCUUUUCCUUUUCCUUUCCCGUUUCUCUCUUCGUUUCUCUUUCUGCUCUUUUCUGCUCUUUUCUUUUUCUUAUAUAUUCCUUUUUUCGUUUUUGUGUUUCUCUACUAC